GCUUUUGAAUUAGACGAGGAUUGCUUUUUGAGAAGGUCAUCACUUGGUUGUUGCACCGAAACUUACUGUACAUAGUAUUUCAAUUAGAAUACUUGUCCUUGUCCUUGUGGUUCAGAAGGAAUAGCAAUUGAGUGGCACUGUAGUAGUGGUUUUUGUUAAGAUGGAGAAAGAAUGGCUGCAAUUUGAUAGAUUUAAGGAUGAAUACAGAGUGGGAGCUCGUAUGUUUGUGGAUAAAGCAAGGGCAGAUUAUGGGAAUUCUGAAGAUGAGAUUAUAUGCCCAUGUAUCAAAUGUAGAAACUCUGAACACCACCACUUUGAGAUAGUCUAUGAGCACUUGGUAACAAGAGGAAUGGAUCCUACUUACAAAAUUUGGAUUUGUCAUGGUGAAACAGGAAGUGAAUCCAAUCAUGAAGAUCUUGAGAUUCCUGAGACAUAUAAGUUGUUUAAGGAUUUAUGUUUUCAACAUGAUGAAAAUGAUGAAGAUGAUGAAGAUGUAGAUGACACUAUUGAGACUAGAGAGGCAGAAAUUUUAAAUUUAGUACGAGAAGCUGAAACUCCCUUGUUCUUUGGCUGUACAAACUAUACGAAGAUGUCAGCAUCAGUUGCUUUAUUGAAGAUGAAAGCAAGACAUUAUUUGACUGAUAUUGCUUUCGAUGACAUUCUUCGCACUAGCCGUAGUUUCUUACCAGAAGAUAACACACUUCCAGAGUCCUUAUAUUCAAUGAAGAAGCUAGUGAAGGCAUUUGAUCUUGGAUAUGAGAAGAUACAUGCAUGUGUCAAUGAUUGCUGUUUAUUUAGAAAAGAUUUGCAGCAUCUGGAAAAUUGUCCAAAGUGUGGUGCUUCAAGAUGGAAACUUAAUGAAAGCAGUUCUAAAAUUCAAAAAGGCAUCCCUGCAAAAGUUUUGCGUUACUUUCCAAUAAUACCAAGGCUUAGGAGAAUGUUUGCUAUUACUGAAACAGCAGAACAAUUAAGGUGGCAUUCGAAUAAUAAAAGUCAAGAUGGUAAGAUGAGACAUCCUGUUGAUGCAUUAGCAUGGGAAACAAUAAAUAGAAGGUGGCCAUCUUUUGCAUCAGAUCCUCGAAAUAUCAGAUUUGGCCUUGCUACCGAUGGGUUUAAUCCAUUUCAUGAUCUUAGGUCUACGUACAGCUGUUGGCCAGUCAUUUUGACAAUAUAUAACUUGCCUCCAUGGUUAUGUAUGUCUAAAGAAAGUCUCAUGUUGACGUUACUCAUACCAGUUGUCAAUUGUUACCGGUUGCUUUGAGGGGUUGUCUACCAAAAGGACCGAGGAUUGCAAUUUUCCGAUUGUGUGCGUUCUUCAAUGAACUAUGUCAAAAAGUUCUGGACAGAAAUAAAUUGGAACAAUCGGAGGAAGAUGUUGUUGAGACAUUAUGCAUGUUGGAGAUGUAUUUCCCGCCUUCAUUCUUUGAUAUUAUGGUUCACCUCACAAUACAUCUAGCACGAGAAGCUCGUCUAUGUGGGCCUGUCCAAUACCGUUGGAUGUACCCGUUUGAGAGGUAUAUGAAAAUAUUGAAAGGAUAUGUGAUGAAUCGUGCACACCCUGAAGGAUGCAUAGCUGAAAGGUACCUCGCUGAAGAAUGCUCAAUAUUGUGUAGCAAAUAUAUAAAACAAGCUGUUGAAAUAGGCCAUAAAUAUGGACGCAAUGAGGAGUUUGACAAUGGUUUGUUGAUAGAAGGGAAUGCCCUUUCAAAGGCAAAGAAAAUAACUCUUGCACCUGAGAUGUUACGUGCUGCUCAUCACUAUGUGUUGAUAAAUUCUGAUGAAAGCCGACCAUAUAGCAAUUUACAUUUGGAAGAACUUCAGCGUUUGGAUAAACGUCUAUCAAAGAAUGAAACAUUAUUACACAAUAAGCACAAAAAGUCAUUUGCUGAAUGGUUUGAGAAAAAGAUCAAAGAUGAGUCGAUGGUCCAGGAUGUGUCAACUACAUUAAAGUGGCUUGCUGGUGGACCUAUCGACCUGUCUCUUUCUUAUACUGGUUUUAUCAUCAAUGGUGUUCGAUAUCAUACCAUAGAAGCUGAUAAAUCUCGACAAACAUGUGGUAUUUCAAUUGAGGCAGAUACCCUUUGUAGAUCUAGUGCAAAGGAUAAUUCAAUGAAGGAUUCACCAGUUUCUUAUUAUGGGGUGUUAAGAGAUGUGAUAGUCUUAUCAUAUCAUGCGUUUCAGAUUGCUCUAUUCAAGUGUGAUUGGGCAAACAUUGCCAAUGGUGUGAAAUUUGAGGAUGGAUUUACUUUAGUUAAUCUCCAUGAAGGAUUAAGUCAGUCCAAGAGAGACCCGUUCAUCUUAGCGUCGCAGGCCAAACAAGUUUUUUAUUCUAGGGAGGAUGAGUCAUCUAGUUGGUAUGUUGUCAUGCAAGCACCACCAAGAGGAUUUUACGAGAUGGAAAAAUGCAAUGAGACUGCAUUUACACCAUUCGAGACAUCAAGACUAGAUUAUAAUGAAGAUCAUGAUGAACCUUAUGCAAGGAUUGGUGUAGAUGGCAUGCUAUGUGAUGCAUAG